ACAGUGUGGACCGUAGAAGCAGAACGGGAAGCGGCCUAGCUCAAAUUUAAACACAAGUCACUUCGCGCUAAUUACGCACGCAACUGCAAAGAUUAAAAAGAUGAAACUGUGCAAAUGUCGAGACGCUUUGUGGAUCAAGGCUGCGUUAAAAUGGCGAUGUCCUGUAACGUAAGCGCGGACAUAUUAUGAAGAAUUAUACCCGAAGCUAACCUGCUCGGAGCAUUUUGCUACACAAAUCAAGCUAGACAUGUAUUUCUGAUAAAUACUUAAACAACACCGCGUCAUUCUGCGUUAGUCUGCUGCAGUCUGCUCCUGCACAUGAUCUGCGGGGAUAAACUGAUGUACAGUGAACAAAAUGAAUGGAAAAGUGAUCCCACACACUCCGCUGGCCGUGGACUUCUGGCAGGUCCGAAAAUGUCCCGAGACCCGACUGUUCUUCUUGUCCCACAUGCACAGCGAUCACACCGUGGGCCUGUCCUCCACCUGGAACAACCGACCCAUCUACUGCUCCCCUGUCACUGCCACACUGCUCCAGCUCAAACUCAAGGUGAAGGAGCAGUGGAUCCACCCUCUGGAGCUGGGGGAACCGUACCUCCUGCCGCUGGAUGACAUUGGGAAAGAGAUGAUGACUGUGACACUGAUCAAUGCAAACCACUGUCCAGGAGCUGUCAUGUUUCUGUUUGAAGGAUACUUUGGCUCCAUACUCUACACUGGUGAUUUUCGAUACACUCCUUCCAUGCUGCGAGAGCCUGGUCUGAGAACAAACACUACUAUUGAUGUCCUGUACCUGGACAACACUAACUGUGACCCCAAUCGCACCCUCCCCUCCAGGAAGACGGCCACUCAGCAAAUCAAAGAGAUCAUCCGCAGCCACCCAAACCACAAUGUGGUCAUAGGCCUCUAUACCCUGGGUAAGGAGUCUCUUCUGGUGGAGCUAGCCCUAGAGUUUAAGAGUUGGGUGGAGGUGAGUGUGGGCCGUAUGGAAACCCUGAAAGCUCUGGAGCUGCCGGAUGUGUUCACCACAGAGAGAGGGGCAGGGCGUUUCCGAGUGGUGGACCAAUCACAGAUCUCCCAUACCUCCAUGCUGCAGUUCAACAAUGAACAACCUACUCUGGCCAUUUUACCGACCAGCCGUCCUCUGGUAUCCUUCCACCCGAAUGUCCAUAUAGUGCCGUACUCUGACCACUCCUCCUAUCAAGAGCUGGAGGACUUUGUGUCUGCUAUUAAACCCAGGUCUAUAGUGUCAAUCCUGGGUCGCUGUGUCCCCGGUGGUCUGUCUGCCUUACUACCAAACCGAAAGCACCAUGAGUUCUUAGUUCCUGAAUCAGUUCGAAUUUACAUGUCAAGGCACAGCAACAACAUCGACAACCAGGUGAGCACAUCUGGAUAUAACAACUUUCACCGCAAGCUCCUCCCUCUGCCACCAAAAGGGGUGAUAUUUGAGUCACCAGAAAAGGGUGAUGGAGGGUGGCAAUCAGAAAGUACCCAUCUCUCAGAGGAAGAAGACAUGGACACAGACACUAUUGAUAAAGAUGAUGAUUCUCUUGUAAUUGACUUAUCCAAGCAAUACUCCUAUAACAACAACAAAAGGAGAGAUGUGGAUUUGUGGAGCCUAAACAUAGUUCAAACUGUAUCAGAGGAAGUGGCAGUGGCCGAAUCUGUGCCAUUUAGUCAGUUUAGCCAAGGAAACUUUGGUCCAGUGGAGAUUCUGACCAGCCCCAAGGUCAGCCUAAAGCCAAGCAGUAAAACCAGAAGAGCAUGUGAAACCAGUGACAACCUAAUCAAUGAGGAAAUGGACAGGGAUCAGCAAUAUGGCGAUGGGAUUGAUAACCGCAGCCAACCGCCGGACAGAGAGCGCACGAGUCAGCAAAAUGACAAUGACCUCAUGUCUGGGGACACAAGUCCGAGUCAGCACAAUGGAUCUGACUUUGAACCUGUCAACAGUGAAAAAACAAUGCAAAAAUGCUAUGAUAAUGUGUUCUGUAUUCCGAAUAAUAAAAAAGUAUUUAAACAUCAAUAUUUAGAGGAACUGGAAGAUGCUCUCCUGAAGAAUCUCCCAUUCUCUGAAGAGGAUCUGACCUGUCUGCCUCUGUUUGAGCCACAUCUUCUCCAGAUCUUUACACACAGUCAUUCGUACACAGUGGGUUCUACAUGUGCUUCCACUUAGGUGUUAUUUUCAUGUUGCAAUACCAGCAGAUUGCUCCUACCUUUUGGACAGUCUAUGUGGUCUUUUCAAUGCUGAUUCAUGCCUUUUAUUUCCUUGUCAAGUGCUAUUAUGUUAUUAAGGUUGAGCCUGGCCAUUGUCUUUAUUUUGUCCUAAAUUACGUUAGCCUUUCAAAGGUAUCUGUGUUUCCUAAAGAAUAUUUUAUAUAAAAAUGUGGUUGAAAACAUAAAACAGAAAGAUGUUUUCAGUUGGCUGCAUUUAAAAAAAAAAGUCAACAAACUUUACCUAGUUUCCAUGGAGACAUGUAUUUGGCCUGUCCACCUGAAAUCUUACAAGGUGCUGCUUUAAAUGCAAGUUGUGUGUCUGUUUCAUACAUGGACAGUAUAGCCAUUUGCAGUGUUUGAAGAUUAUCAUGCCUAAUCUGUUUUGUUGCAGUCUAACCAGCCAGUUACUACAUUGGAUGCCAUUGUUUGUCAGAUACGUUCUUUAUUUUUCUGAAUUAAAAAAAAGCCUAAUAUUGUGUCUUGUAAACAUUUUUAAAUCUCUCUGUGAAGUAUUUUUGCUGCUGUUUCUUGAUAAAUCUUGUUUAACAAUAAAGUAUUAUUCAAGAAGU